UUUUUUCCUUCUCUUGUCUUUUGGUGGGGCUAACAAGCUAACAGCUAUGUGCUCAUACUAAACACCGGCGUGUGAACCCGACUGUGAAUGUUUCACGAAUUGACAAUGGACACAUUUUUAGUGUUCCCUAAGGAGGUGUCAAACUGUUAAUACGACGCCACACUGAUUUUCUUGUGAAGUUACGUUGCGGCAGUGAGCUCCAUGUCAACCUUGCACACACCCAUGCCCAGCCGGAUCAUGGAGAGCAUGAGGCACAGACGGGAAAAUAUCGUGAAGGGAGUCUCAAGCUCGAACUUGAUGAACGACAGACGGAUUUGCUUCAGCUGUGAUCAGAUAUUUGCAACUCAGAAGUGUCUGGAGGAACAUGUGUGUACCUGUGCUAGUUUCAUCUGCUCCUGUGGAACCGAGUUUGCAGAAUACAAGGACAUGCUGGAGCACAGCACUAAACACGAACCGGGGCAUCAAGUGCUUGAUCAUGAGACAAUAAGGAAGCGCAGAAUUGAGAGGUGCAGAGAAGAGGAGGAGAAGUUGAAAAGAUUAAGGCAAGGUGAUGUUGUCUGGAAGAUGCCCAAAUUGCCUAACAUGACAUCAGUUUCAUUGCCAGUGAAGUCUGCCCUACAAGGAACCAUGCAGCCAGGGCCGAUUUCACAAGUCCCUGGGUUGCUCCCAAAUCCCAUCCCCUCAUCAACAGAAAUGCAGAAUAUUUUUGCAAGUGUUGGCGCGCCAACAGUGGAUCUGUGGACACUUUAUCAACCUGUUGUAUUGGUGCAGACUGUACGCAUGUUUAGCAAGAAAAGGCCUUACACUUGUGGUAAAUGUGGGCAGGGUUUUAUGACGAAAGCCUCCCUCGUCUCACACCACAGCUCCCAUGUCACAGAUAAAAUUUCUGGCUGUAUAGGAUGUGGGUUGCUGCUUUCCAGCAAGAAGCUAGUGCCUCGCUUCCAUAUUUGUAACUCGCCACACAAUGUGACCAAAUUGAAACUUAUCACUGCGAAACCACCGGGUUUCAAGGCACCAAAUGAAGUCAGUAUCAACAGGAUCGCAAGACCCCAGGGGCUCCCUUUGUCUUCCUCUCUUCAGUGGAAAAGCCAGAAGCAUAGUGCAGCCGGUAAAGGGAGUCAAGUGCGCCCUGUCACAUCCACCCUGCAGUUGAAAGAUCAGAAUCUCACAACAUACAACAAACACAUGUUUCCUCUCAAUGCUUCUGUAUACACUCCCAUAAACUCUGCAUCGGCCGUACUGGGCAAACCUACCGAGACAUCAUCUGCAUCUAAUGAAGUUACAUGCCGAGUCUGUCAUAUUUCUUUUGAAACACCUCAGAUGCUUCAAAGACACAAGUGCAUCAUGGCACGAGAGUUCAUGGCUCAGCACAGGCGAGGUGGCAGACAGCAUUGCAAACUUCAGAGGAUGACACCAGUGGCACGUCCAAAUCUUGCUCAAAUGAAUGGUCAGAUAAAACUUGGGGUUCCCCCUUCUUUGGGUAUAAAUAAGAACCGUGUCAUGUCUCUUGGUCUGGACAGAGGGCAGGGGGUGGGUCCCGUCCGUGAUAAAACAGGAGUGGAUGAUGAUGGCGAUGAUGAUGAUUGUUACAUUGUUGAAAAUGGACCAGAAAAACCUGCUGAGGUUAUUUACCAAGUAACCUCAUCUGUCCCCAUCAAGACUUGACAAGAGUAGGGAGCCACAUCUAGCUUGCAUGUCACAUGUGAUGCAGGUUAUGGACCAAAUGCAUAGAGGCGGCAGUCUCCUUGUUGAAUGGCAUCUGCUUCAUUACACAGGGACGCAGUGCCUGCUGGCUUUUUCCAAACAACUGAAAAGAUAGGGAUGCUUAGAAUUAUUAGUUACGACAAACAUGCGUCUAUUUAAGAUGAAUUUUUUUAAAGUAAAUCUUGCCUUCCCUGGAGUAUGAUGUUGUUGUCCUUGCAGUGGGUAUAGAGAAUUUAAGUCAGUACAGUUAAUUAUUGAAAUGUGUGGGCAUGGUUUAACCAUAUUUGGUGGGAUAACCAGGUACUGUAAAAUAGUUUUUGUUUUGUUAAUGGGUUAGUAUGAUCAGAGUGUGUUGUGAAGCUGUGGGGGGGUUGGCCACAAUAUGCCACAUGCGUGUUCUUAUCAGCUUUGUCAGACCAUACAAAUACAGUAUAUGAUGUAUUAAACUAUAUUUUCAAACCCGC